AUGGUCGUCAAGAACCAAUUAGUCGUCUUUGAUUUUGACUGGUCCUUCGCAGGUCAGUAAGCUCUGAAUCUUAGCUUUCCGGCACACAUCUAACUGUAGUCCAGCUCGUGCUCGCCUUCAACAGAUCAGGACACGGAUCGAUAUGUGCUCGAAGUGCUCGAUCCCAAGUUGCGAGUAAGCUUGAGGGAACACAAGAAGACCGUUCAAUGGACCGACAACGUGUGCGUUCCCUCUUUUUCCCCUCUCCGAACGAAGAGAACGUGUCGUUCUCUACUGAUCUGCAACGACCGUCCGGCUCACCCCAUGUGCCCGUCACUCUCGCUUCCACAGAGCAUUGCACCUGCGUAAACUCAACGAAAAGGGUGCGACGAAGCAACAGAUCAUCGAGUCGUUGCAAGGUCUGCCCGUCGUACGUCGACUGUUGGGAACACCUACGGGAGCCUUCGGUGGAACGAAUCUUCUGACAUGUCGGGCACCCUCAUUCUGUCGUCCAGCACCCCGCCAUGUUGCGAGGAGUGCAGACCGCCAAAGCUCGCACCGAAUCCAAGACUCGCUUCCUGUGCUUGUCUAACAGCAACAGCGUCUACAUCGACACCAUUCUCAAGGUACCUCGAGACACCGGCCUGACCGAGCUCCAAUCUCCGAGCUCAUUCAUGUUCCUCGAUCCCUAAACAUCCAACAGCACCACAACAUGGAGAACUUCUUUGAGGAAAUCAUCACGAACCCAGCAGAAUGGAAGGGAAAUCUCCUCGACUUGCGCCGACGAGUUGACCCGAACGGGCCUCAGCACGGCUGCAAAGUUGGCUGCAGCCCGAAUAUGUGCAAGGGUUCGUUGGGGCUAUGCCGAGAAUCAUGCGAAUAAUCAACAGAAGCUGAGAUGGCUUUGCAUACUACAGGCGCCGAGCUGGAUGCGUACAUGGCUCGCAGCGGAGGGUGGGAAUCGUACGACCGAGUCGUCUACGUUGGAGAUGGAGGCAAUGACUUUUGCCCGCUUUUGAGGCUGCGGAAGUGCGUUUACAAAGCUGAAGUAAUCCGGGCCGUAUCACGAGAAAUGCUGACAUACGUCAUCCUCGAUCCAACAGGGGUGAUGUUGCGCUGGUGAGGAUGUACCGUGAGCUGUCGAGGAGGAUUAUCAGCGAGAAGGAGACAAGCCCGUUGCAGUGCACUCCCGUGCCUUGGGGAGGUGCGUGGGAGGUCGAGAAAUGGUUGUUGGAGAACUAA